GGAAGAGGCCUUAAAGAAACUUCUCGAGGGUGACCCAUAUACUGGAAGGAAAUUCCAUUUUGGCAGCUGGGUCCGUCGCGUCAACUGAGGUGUGGGGGUACCUCCAGGGCCCGUGAAGCAAAGGGGUGCAGGUUACCUUCCCCGGGCAACCAUGUCGAGGCCACGUGCUCGCCUCGCCCAGAUAUGGAGUUUGACACUUUCGCAAUGCCGUCGAAGAAGGCCACUGGGAAUGUAGGGGCCUCUUCCCGAGAGGCCCCCCACCAACAGGAGGCGACCGAAGUUCUCUUAGAGGAGAUGCAACCCUCCCUAGAGAAGCAGAAUAAGUCCUUGAGCAAUGAGAAGUCAAAACAGAAGAAGGAGAAGGGAGAGAGGGAACAACCGAUGCUGCUCAUGGGUCCUCCCAGAAGUUCAAGACGAACCGCAGGUUAAUGUCCCUCCCCUAAAGGAGCUUUGGUUCGAGAUGGGGCUCCGUCUUUGCGAGGCCGAUGAGAUUGGCCAGUUGAUGGGGGACCACCUCCUUGAAGGCUGGUCUUUUGCUGUUGCCCGGCUGGAGGGUAUGCUGCAGGUAGCCAAGGAUGAGAUCUGGCAGCAGAUGAUCAAGAACAAGGAGAUGUUCCUUGUUCUUACCAAUCAGACGCAGGAGAUGGCAAAGUUGACCAACUUGGCCUGGGAGGCGGAAAAGGAGAAGGAGUUGCAAGCGGAGAAAAACUGACUGAUGAAGGAGAAUAACCGGGUUAUGGAAGACAGCUUCAAGCUCAGGAGGUAUUUGGAGAAGAAGGAAACCAACCUCCCGGUUGAGGCCAUUGCAUGGGCGAGGGAGCAGCAAGCUGAACUUUCCCGGGAGCUUCUCUCCUCCCCAAAGGUGAUGAUGACAUUUUUUAAGACCCUCUACCACGAGCCAUAGGGAAAUAAGAUGAUCACGGUUGU